AAAAGGCGGAAACUUUCAAUAUCUACAUUCAAUCAUUCAAUCAUUCAAUCAUUCAAUCAUUCAAUCAUUCAAUCAUUCAAUCAUUCAAUCAUUCAAUCAUUCAAUCAUUCAAUCAUUCAAUCAUUCAAUCAGAUUCAACCACAUAUCCCAUAAAGGUAAGCCAAAGUCAAAACUGAUACUCAGAAAUCUUCCGAUGCAUUAUGCCUUCCUUGAUUCUAUUCUUCAUUAUCAAAACACCUACACCGACAUCAGUACCGACACGGACAUAUUUUCUCCGCAAAAGUCGGUAUCAGGGUUGAUGGAUGAUGGAUGAUGGAUGAUGGAUGUUGAAACUUGGAAGAUGUGAAUAGUUACACAAUUAAUGGGCGAGGAGAUGCAUGAACUUUUCUUUUGGAACGCUCGUAACGCCGUGGCUGGAUUGUCACGUCUUCAAACGUGUCUGUCCGAUGGUCUGUAUUCUGUAUUCAGAACAUGCAGAACAUGCGAGCAUGGCUAGUUUGGAGAAACGAUACACAUCAAUCCAUCAAUCCAUCAACUGCAUGUCAUCGCAUGCUUUGCUUUACUCUCACAAAAAUCACGUGUACUGAUAAAACAUCACUUAUCUAGGAUCAUAGGAUCAAAUCCCCAUGGGAACAUUUUCGUCGGGUUAUCUUGCUGUAAGUCGGUAUCAAUAAGUACUCGGUCCGGAACACAAUGAAGAGGCAUUGCAUCCGAUAACUCAUAUCGGAUUCCAUUUUCUACUUUCAUCAGAGUAUCGGUCCGUAGUUGGAAUACCCAAGUACUCAGUACUACAGGAUCGAGAUCGAUAAUAUUUCUUUAUUUUACAAGACUACUUUUUUUAACAUCAACAUUGAGUCUCGGGAUUUCUUGCUGCAACGCGCAACGCAUAUCACAAUUAACCUGCAUUCAAGCCAUUGGAGCGAUUCGAGCAUUCCAAUCCAUUGAUUUCCAAUUGAUCCUGCGUUAUCCACUUCUAAAGGACCUGCAAUCAUGAGUUGGAGGCACGGAUUUGGUGAAUGGGAAUUUCCUAAAUUGAAGGACGCUCUCCAAUUUUCGGUAAGUUUACACUUCUUCGGAUAUGCAUCUACGGAAUUGUUUUGAGUUUGUUGGUCAGUGGGGAUUUGAUAUACUUUUACGGGAGUCACCUUGAAGCAUGUCGGUGAGGAUGAUAGUGCGUCCAAAGGGGUUUGAGUUUCCUUCAAACAUAUUGAAGAAAAUAUCGGUGAAUGAACGGAAAGCAAUCUAACUGGAUAAUUCAUUCUUUAGAGUCUUCCUAGUGGUAUGUGAUGACCCGUUCCGGUAUUCCCAAAUUAUGGAGAAAUGGCCUGACAUUUUUCAGCAAAACAUCAAAAAGAUGGUUCAGCUAUCAAAGAUGUUGAGUUCUGGAGCGUCAAAUUUUAUCCUUACACCAAACCUGGUGUUGAUCCUAUAUAUGCUGUGGUAGGUAGUAAACAUGUGAGUUUUUGUUUCUCUUCAAGCCUCACGUUUAAUUCGCUAAAUUAUGAAUAGAUUUUGAUAUGUAGACCUCCUACUGAAGGAAAAGGUAUUGAGGUUAUACGGAUCAUUAUAGAUGAGGAGGUAAAUCAUUAAGUUCUGUAACCAUAUGGUGGCUGGCCACUAAUGUAAGAUUUAGUCAAGUGCAGAUCAUUAUGCAUGCUGUUGGACCAAGGAUUUAGCGACACAAAAGCCUCUCCUCUGUGUAGCGGGAGUUGAUGCAAAAAUCAAGGUUUUUGAUGUACUUACGGGGAAACUUUUAAGAGUGAGUGACAUGUAUACUUUUGAGUGCAGAAACUAACUAUCAUAGGUACUUGUAGGACAUGGAGGAGUAUGAUGGUUGAAGAAUUAUGGUCUAGAACAGGGACUAAUUACUGAUAGGAAAUUGAUGAAUUGAUAAUCUCUCCAACUAAUCCCCAUAUAUUAGCAUCUUGUUCUGAGGAUACUACGAUUCGAAUAUGGAGUUUAGAUCCUAAGGAUGAGAAAUAUCCUUGUGCUGCGAUAUUAUCAGGAGGUCAUAGAGCAACUGUUCGGACGAUUGUACGUCCACGUCCUCUACAAACUCUGAUCAGAUUACUAAUCUUAAGAUAGGCUUUUCAUCAAUCUGGAAGAUAUUUAGUAUCUGGUGGUGAAGAUCAUGUCAUAAGUCUUGUCAGUAUUUGUAUUUGAAUAAAGGAUGAUGUUGAUUAAUAUGAUGAUAUAGUGGACAUUACCCAAUUUUCCAGAUGAAAAUACUGGAACAAAAGUAGCCACACAAAUUCAGUAUCCACAUUUUACAACAUCAGAAAUCCAUACAAAUGCAGUCGACUGGUAAUUUUAUCUUUUCUCUUGCCAUCAAUGUUUCUUCCCUCAUCUUCGCCAUCAAUGUACCCCCUAAUCCGUCUAUCAUCAUCGUACCUCCACUCCCUUCAUUGUCUGAAGACCAAACUUCGAAUCUGAAACUCACUGAUAUUCCUAGCAUCUACUUCUACAAUGAUUCCAUCCUUUCUCGUGCCGCUACAGAACAAUGUAUCGUCCUAUGGGAUAUCACAGGAUUUGAUUCUCAAGGACCUAUUCCUGGAUAUGAUAAAGCUCCUAUACAACAUGAGGCUGCUAAUGGAAGGUAUACUUUAACUUGUUUCACGGAUCCAAGUAAAUCUGAUUGUUAUGUCAGGCUUAUUGAGUAUGCAUUUGUUUUUUUCUUUCUUUUAAUCUCUUAUUCCUGGAUUAUUGAUGGUCCAUUCUUGUUUUAUAUUUUCUUCGGAUUCUGAAGAAAUUUUCUAUUCUAUCUUUUAUGAUUCAAACUCACAUCUUAUAUCGACUUAUCAUACUCUUUAUAUCAAUCUACCCAUUCCUCAAAUCUAAGACAUCUCUUUUACUCAUUUUAUCUUAUAUUUACCUCCAACUUCAUACAUUCACAGCUAAUUGAUUUAUAGAUUUUCCGCCCCAGAAACGGGAACACUUUGGAUACGAUUCUCUUUCUUCCAAGGUCUUCCCAUCCCGGAAUCAUCAUCCAAUAGUGAUCAAGAUCACGAUCCCAACCAAAACCCCAUCUCAAAUAGCCGAAGCCACCCCAUCCUCGCAAUAACUUCCUACACCUCCAAAAUCUAUUUCUGGGACCUCCACCGUCUCACAGCCUAUAACAAAUACAUCCGUUCCCUACCACACCAUCUAACUUCCAAAAGCAACCCUAAACCUGAAUCUGACCCCGAACCUCGACAUCCAUCCUACUCCUCAAUCUUUGGUUUACCAUCCGGUCAACAAACUCCAAUUCCUGAUGAAGAAAUCCAAACUCCCCUAAAACGCCCUCCAUUUCUAACUCCUCAUCGUCCUCGAAAUCACCGUGCAUUAAGGGCAGGAGCAGGAGCAGGAGUGGGUCCAGGAACAGGAACAGCAGCAGCAACAGCAACAGGAACAAAUCUAAAAUCCAUCACAAACAGAUUAAGAGAAAUAAGUCCAUCCAGUUCCACCACAACAGCAACUAGUACUUCCGGUCCUUCUACUUCUAUUUCAAUCUUUACUCAUAUCGCUACAAAUCCAUCAUCACACCCCUCAACUCAAAACCCUCAAAAUCCACAAACUCUCCUCCCAGCAUUAACCCCCCUUCCCCUGGAUAAAAUCCCCACCACACCCACAGACAUCAAAAUCUGGGAUGAAAAAUAUUCCCUCAGACAGAAAUAUCCAUUAAAAGGUUUAAAAGCGCAUAGAGUGGAGGUGGUAAAGGGAGUUGGGUUUUUAGGGAGGGGGGUGGCUUGGAGUAGAGGUGGGGAGUGGUGUGUGGUUGCUGGGGGUCAGGGGGUUGUUGCUUGUUUGGGGAGGUAGGUGGUAGAUGUUAGAUGUUAGAUGGUAGAUGUUAGAUGUUUUUUAUAUGGGAUUGGAUGGGAUGGGGAGG